CGGGGCGUUGAGUCAAAAUUGUUCUCAAAUUCCAUGUCUCGGCGUUUAGUUUCUUGAGUGAAAUUGAUAAAUGACAAUUGUUACAGUCGUUAUCGUUUUUUCAAAGGGUAAACUGAACACCUGCUCUUUGCCUAUAAAAAGCGGUUGAUGCCAACGAGUUGUUGGUCUUCUUGGCCUUUGUUAAAGUGAAGCAAAAUAAUAUAUUUUUGCUCUGAAAAAUUGUCAUGUUUUUGUGGAAAGAAAUCUUGUUGUUAUCAACGGCACUUCAGUUCUUUAGUGCUUUUCCAGUUGAUGACCUGAUGAUGCUUGAUGCGAAAGAGUCGCUGCUUGAAGACAACAGAGCACUUUCAAAGAGGGGAGCUGUACGUUCCUCCCUAUAUAAAUGGCCCACCUCUGAUGAAGAUGGCAAAACAGUCGUCAAGAUUCCCUAUGUGGUUCAAGAUGAUCUUCACUCCAAAGCUAAAACUGAGUUGCAGCGUGCUAUUCAAGAUGUACACGAAGCUACUUGUGUGAAGUUUCAGGCUCGAAAGAGAGAGACCGACUAUGUUAGUUUUCAGCCUGCAGUUGACUACCAAAUAUGCUUUGCCAAAAUUGGGAAACGCUCAGGAAAGCAAGAUGUUAUUCUUGGAACAGGCUGCGAAUACAAAGGAACAAUUUUACACGAGAUCGUUCAUCUGCUGGGGUUUUAUCACGAACACAACCGAAAGGAUCGAGAUUCAUACUUGAAAAUUUAUGAAGACAAUCUUGAUCCAGCUGUUAAGGACGAAGUCAUGAAGAAAACUGACAUGGACAAUUUGGGCUUUGCUUACGACUUCAAGUCCAUCAUGCAAUACAGCAAGACCACAUUUGCUAAGUCAUCAGGCCUGGUCACCAUGGAAGCGAGGUCGGAUCCUAAUAUGGAGCUUGGCAACGAAAACGCCAUGUCCGCGGCUGAUAUCAUGAAGAUUAACAAGUUUUACAACUGCCUACAGAAAAACGACGUGUAUAAAAACAUGGAGGUAAUGGUGCAAACUGGUGAUGGAUAUUGGGAUGGUUCCGACGCCUUUUUGUACCUCGAGCUGAUCGGUGAUAAGGGGAGCUCUGGGGAGAGUAGUGUUGCAAAAGGCGGCCUUUACGACGACUUUGAGGGGAAUGCGAAAGACAACUACCUUGUGGCAUUUAAAGACGUGGGCACUAUUCGAAAGCUGAAGAUCAGAUUACAAGAAAACCCUGACGGAAGUUAUUUUGACGGGUGGACUGUUGCUAAGAUCACCGUCAAAGACGGAGACAAAACUUACAUUUUCGGCGAAAGAGAUGUUUAUCCUGGAGAGACUGUUACUGUAAAUGCUUCCUAAACAUAAUAUUCCAGGCAUUUAUGGGUUUAAUUUAAUCGUUCUGUUGAUUAUGAUAAACAAAAUGAAGGUUAGAUACCAAUGCAGAUGUAGUUUGAUGUCACGAACCCCCAUGUAAAUGAAAUUAAAGUGCAACAAGUGAACUUCCAUGA